AUGCCCCUGUCCCUGGGAGCCGAGAUGUGGGGGCCUGAGACCUGGCUGCUGCUUCUGCUCCUGGCAUCAUUUACAGGCCGGUGUCCCGCGGGUGAACUGGAGACCUCGGACCUGGUGACCGUGGUGCUGGGCCAGGAUGCAAAGCUGCCCUGCUUCUACAGAGGAGACCCUGGCGAGCAGGUGGGGCAGGUGGCAUGGGCUCGGGUGGACGCGGGCGAGGGCGCCCGAGAGCUGGCGCUACUGCACUCCAAGUACGGAUUACAUGUGAGCUCUGCCUACGAGGGCCGCGUGGAACAGCCGCCGCCCCCACGGGACCCCCUUGACGGCUCCGUGCUCCUGCGCAACGCCGUGCAGGCCGACGAGGGAGAGUACGAGUGCCGCGUCAGCACCUUCCCCGCCGGCAGCUUCCAGGCACGGCUGCGGCUCCGAGUGCUGGUACCUCCUCUGCCCUCACUGAAUCCUGGUCCAGCGUUAGAAGAAGGCCAGGGUCUGACGCUGGCAGCCUCCUGCACAGCUGAGGGCAACCCGGCCCCCAGUGUAACCUGGGACACAGAGGUCAAAGGCACAACAUCCAGCCGUUCCUUCAAACACUCCCGCUCUGCUGCUGUCACUUCAGAGUUCCACUUGGUGCCUAGCCGCAGCAUGAAUGGUCAGCCACUUACCUGUGUGGUGUCCCACCCUGGCCUGCUCCAGGACCAAAGGAUCACCCACGUCCUCCAAGUGGCCUUCCUUGCUGAGGCCUCUGUGAGGGGCCUUGAAGACCAAAAGCUGUGGCACGUUGGCAGAGAAGGAGCUAUGCUCAAGUGCCUAAGUGAAGGGCAGCCUUCUCCCACGUACAACUGGACACGGCUGGAUGGGCCAAUGCCCAGUGGGGUACGAGUAGAAGGGGACACUCUGGGCUUUCCCUCACUGACUACUGAGCACAGUGGCACCUACGUCUGCCAUGUCAGCAACGAGCUGUCCUCGAGGGAUUCUCAGGUCACAGUGGCUGUUCUUGACCCUCAGGAAGACUCAGGGAAGCAGGUGGACCUAGUGUCGGCCUCGGUGGUGGUGGUGGGUGUGAUCGCCGCACUCUUGUUCUGCCUUCUGGUGGUGGUAGUGGUGCUCAUGUCCCGAUACCAUCGGCGCAAGGCCCAGCAGAUGACCCAGAAAUAUGAGGAGGAGCUGACUCUGACCAGGGAGAACUCUAUCCGGAGGCUGCAUUCCCAUCAUACGGACCCCAGGAGCCAGCCGGAGGAGAGUGUAGGGCUGAAAGCCGAGGGCCACCCUGAUAGUCUCAAGGACAACAGUAGCUGCUCUGUGAUGAGUGAAGAGCCCGAGGGCCGCAGUUACUCCACGCUGACCACAGUGAGGGAGAUCGAAACACAGACCGAACUACUAUCUCCAGGCUCUGGGCGGGCAGAGGAAGAGGAAGAUCAGGAUGAAGGCAUCAAACAGGCCAUGAACCAUUUUGUUCAGGAGAAUGGGACCCUGCGGGCCAAGCCCACGGGCAAUGGCAUCUACAUCAACGGGCGGGGCCACCUGGUCUGA